GCCACCGCCAGGUGGGCCCCCCGACCCGCCGGCGCCGCCCACUCCCGUCUCGUCUCAAACCCCACCUCCCCUAGUCCCCUUUCCCGACAAUGGCAGCGGUGAGCCGCUGACCUUGCCUCUCCGGCGACCACGAUCCGCCGCCGCCGGCCGGCGAGAUGGCGCCGUGGUGCCCCGCCGACUCGACCAAGCCGGUCUUCGUCGGGAUCUACGGCGCCGUCAUCGGCGGGUUCGCCGUCUCCGCGCUCUUCUUCCUCCUCUCCUCCUUCUCCUCGCUCGCCGCGCCCCCGCUCCCCAUCCCUCCCGCGUCCGCCGCCGCCGCCAACCUCUCGGGCGCAGUCUCCGGUGUGGCGCAGCCGGAGACCAUGUACAAUCGGCCCAUCUGGAAGCCCCCGCCGCGGAGGGAGCGGAUGCCCGCGCCGCGCGCGUUCCGCCUCACCCGCGAGAUGGUGGGCGCCCGCGCCCGCGGCGGCGCCAUUGUCGUCACCUUCGGCAACCACGCCUUCCUCGACUUCAUCCUCACCUGGGUGCGCCACCUCACGGACCUCGGCGUCGACAGCCUCCUCGUCGGCGCCAUGGACACCAAGCUGCUCCGGGAGCUCUACCUCAGGGGCGUCCCCGUCUUCGACAUGGGCAGCAGGAUGGCCACCGAGGACGCCGUCUGGGGCUCGCCCACCUUCCACAAGAUGGGCAGGGAGAAGGUGCUGCUCAUCAACGCGCUCCUGCCCUUCGGCUACGAGCUGCUCAUGUGCGACACGGACAUGGUGUGGCUCAAGAACCCGCUGCCCUACCUCGCCCGCUACCCUGACGCGGAUCUCCUCACGUCCAGCGACCAGGUCAUUCCCACGGUCACCGAUGACAGCCUGGAGAACUGGAGGGAAGUUACUGGUGCAUACAAUAUCGGUAUUUUCCAUUGGCGACCCACUGAACCAGCUAAGAGGCUGGCAAAAGAUUGGAAAGACUUACUCUUAUCUGAUGAUACGUUGUGGGACCAGAAUGCUUUUAAUGACCUUAUACACAAAAAAUUUGGAUACCCGGUUGUUGGAGAAGAUGAACUUGUAUAUUCUUAUGAUGGGAAACUGAAGCUUGGAGUCCUACCAGCAAGUAUAUUCUGUAGUGGUCAUACAUAUUUUGUGCAGGGCAUGUAUCAGCAGCUUCGGCUAGAACCAUAUGCUGUGCAUACUACUUUCCAGUAUGCAGGUACUGUGGGAAAGCGUCAUAGAUUGCGUGAAGCAAUGCUUUUCUUUGAUCAGCCAUCAUACUAUGACUCACCAGGAGGUUUCCUAUCAUUUAGACCCAACAUUCCUAAAAGCUUGCUGUUAGAUGGCGCUCAUACUGUUAAAUCUCAUUUUGCAUUGGUCAAUUACCAGUUGAAGCAAAUAAGAACUGCACUCGCUAUUGCUUCCCUAUUAAAGAGGACCCUGGUAAUGCCUCCAUUAUGGUGCAGGCUUGAUAGGAUGUGGUUUGGACAUCCUGGAGUUUUGGAAGGAACAAUGACCAGACAACCUUUCCUCUGUCCAAUGGAUCAUGUUUUUGAGGUACAUGUUAUGCUAAAGGACUUACCUAAGGAGGAGUUUGGCCCACACAUUGAUUUUAGAGAAUACUCGUUUCUUGAGAAUCCAUCAUUGCCUAAACAGGUCAAAGAAUCAUUUCUUGAGGUUGAGCUCUGCAAUGAGCAUAGCACCAGAUGCUCAACAACUAAUAGAACCAAUAAAGGCGCGCCUGUUCUCUUACCAAGGAAUAGCACAGAACAAACGCUUUUGGAUAUAUUCAAACCAUAUAAGGAUAUCAAAAUCUUACAGUUCUCAUCUAUGGUUAACGCCUUCGGAGGUUUUUCUGAUGCAGCUGUGGACACGAAAUUUCGGAAUCGAGUAAAGAGAUAUGUGGGCCUAUGGUGCUGUGUGCAGCUCCGUGAAAUAGGGCACAUAUAUUAUGACAUGUACUGGGAUGAGAAACCAGGCUGGAAGCCCCUUCCUCCACAGACCAAGGUGGAGGACCAUCCACCUUGGUUGGAGGUACAGGAAUGAGGCUAACUACAAUCACGGAUGUUAUUUUUUGAUUCAAAGGCAAGAUAGAUUCCUUACUACAGAUUAACUCCUAUUAUCAUAGCAGUCACUACCUGUUGGAAAUCCAAUUGAUUCUUCUUGACUGCUUACUGUGAAGGAAAUAGAAAUCAAAUGGCAAUCAGUUUUGUAGCUCUGAUCUUUGAUAGGCUGAUUCACUUAUGGUCGAUCAGUGAUCCUUUGCUCUGUUCUUACUUCACACAGAUCUCUGAUAAACCGUGGUCCAUUCAUCUUGUGAAGAUAAUGUUGUAGAUAAUGACUUUGACUCAGAACUGUUGCGCUAUGUUCAUAGUUCAUACAGACAUUAGCUUCAAAGGAGAAGAUAGCUUUUUUAUGCAAAAUGCCUGAAUUGAUUGUUUGACAGUUAUCUGGCUGGUACAGAAAAGGAGUAAACAUGCAUCAUUAUUGGCUGUGUACUUAGUUAGCAUAAAAGGGUAUUUUCGUU